AGUCCAUUAUUGUGGAGGCAGUGACAAGAUAGGCACUGGAAAGGGCUGCCAUGCACCGCAUGUCUUCGACAUCAGCUCGUGCUCAUUCAUCAACUUUUAGCGCAGGCUCCUUUUUCGGCCAAGGUAGAGACGCAAAGAAGCGAGUAAACAAGCUUUUCGCAAUUCACGCCGGCAUCAUGUUUACACUUGGCCUUCUCAGCGCCUUGUUUCCGGAAGUACUCGUGUAUCUUCUCCACCACUCCUCGGAUGGCUUCCACAGCCGUCAUGAAGGUGGUACGGCGCGUGUCGCGUUUGUAACAAUGCGAGUUUUCGGUUGCUUCCUUUUGGCACAAGCGUAUCUUUUGUUCGUUCUCAGAGGUGGAACUGAUGGAAAUAUGCGCCGUGCGGCGGUCCAAAGCUAUUUUGUUGCUUUUGGUUUGACCACUCUGGCAUUGGCACGGGCGCAGCUGACAGAGGACAUGCCGGUGCGCCUAAGUAAUUGGCUUGUCAUCUUAUCCUUCUUUGCGCUCACGAUGGCUUACGCUUGGUUUUCAUUUUUUGAGCGCAUCUCCGUAUAUGAACUUGGAAGGUAAAAGAGUGGUGAAUGAUAUGACAGAAGUUGCCGGAGUAGAGUCAUGUUUGAAAGCUGCCUAUUUUCAAGAUGUUUGAAAACACAUCUACUAUCC